GUCGAUGCGAAUCGCCCUUGCAUUGCAGCGAGGACUCGGCGAGAGCUGUUAAAGUCUCCAAAUUGGAAAUAGCCAUGGUCCUGUGGAUGCCGCUCCGAAGGGGAAACUGUCCCAACCUAGGAGACCGUUUCGUAUUUCCGGGGAACGAUUCCGCUGAAUCCGAGCUGGAGGACUGUUCAUGCUCUCGUUUUUGGACCAUGCAUGCGUAAGGUUACCAAUCUCAAGGGACGUAUAUAGGAGGGUGUACCAACAGAACGAGGCGGCCUGCAGAUGCCUCCCUUAUUCCUCGACUUCUCACCGCUGUUGUCUCGGUUCGCGUUACUGCAUCCUCUCAUUAUUCAUACUGGUCCAUUUCUCACGCAUGUCUAGUGGCGUGAAGUAUCCGGACCUGUCCACCCCACUCAACUGCAUACCUUGUCUACAUGCAGGAUGACUGGCCUGGUCUACACUGAGAUCACUUCUGGGGGUCCAAUUCCUCUUGAGACUACGAUCAUCUACGAGGCAACUGUAACCUGCAGCACGACUGGGGACAGCUAUUCAAGUGUAGCUGAUGUCUUCAACUAUCAGGUGGUAAGGGAUUGGUCCUGCUGGCUCGAUUCUUCACCCGGCAACCGUGCCCGAAGAUGUAUAGAGGGCGCAGAAGAGGAUUAUCAAUCUCAAGAGAAGCUCAAACGAAUUCGCACAUACGAUUCCUUUACCCUGAGAACUCAAGAGGGGGUUAUUAGCAGCAAGAACAAUGGCAUUCAACUGGAAAUCCAACAGAUUGGCAAGCAGUCAGGCCUCGGCACUCGCAACGAAGCUAUUCAACAGCUCGAGAAGAUGCUGUCUGGAGAGAAAUACUACAGUGCCAUUACACGGGAGAUUCUAGCUCAACUAAGUCAGAGAGACCAGGUUCUGCUGUCAUGUACGACCGUGGUUGUUGGGGAAAACUUCGCUGACCUGGCCAAGUGCCAGAAGCCUGAAAACUGGGCAGAAGAAGAGCGGGUCGGCUUCUGUCUUAAGUUCUCUGCUUUCGAGCGCGGAAGGCGUAUGGAGGACAUUCUUCGUCAAUGGGUGGAACUUUCUGAGGUUCGUCAUCGGAUUCUACAAAAUGCCGUAUAGUGCUAAUUGACUGAUCUCAGGUUCUUCUUGACAAGAUCGAGGCAUGGCAGCAACCGGAGGCCUGCUGUACGAAAGUAUGGAAGGCGGGCUGUGACUCUGACAACUAUUCGCACAUUCUAAAGGUUAUAGCCCACAGCCAUGAACAUCGCCUGGGUGAGUCAAUGAAGUUGCAUCGGAAAAGUGGUCUCGAUCUAUCACCUGGUUGUCACUGGUGAGUUUUGAGGUGAUGUUGAACUUUCUGGAGCUGGAUUAGCGACCGAGUCUUCUGAUGUAUGAUAGUUCUAAGUUAUAUGUAAUAUUACCACCGUAGUGCUCUUGGCUUUUUGGUUAGGUGACAGUGUGGUGUUUCCUCAAGUUCUUUCACAGAUAUAAUAUUCCGUUC